AUGAGCGCACACAGUGGCUCUCGUGGUGGACAGAACCAGAAUGCCUGGGGAGAGUCGCGUGAUCAGCUUUCCACUGGACCAGCUCAGGAGCAACAUGUUCCCGUGCGAGGCUUCAAUGCUGCCGAGGCGAAGGGGGCUCUCAGAAGAAAUUCAAGAGAGCCGAAGCCCUUCUUCUAUAAACCUGGUGGGAAGGACACAAAUCGCUCUGGGCCUUGGGGCUCGAAACCAAACACCAUGGCCAACGGCAAGGACUUUUUCCUCGAGCUUCGGAAACAAAUCACCACUUUGCGGCAAGGUAACAAUGUCGCAGGUGGUUGA